ACGACCACCACGUACGCCCUACGCCUCUCAUAUCAGGCAGCCUUUCUUUCUCUUUCUCUCUCUUCUCCACGUAACCUCAACGUACUCUUUUCAUCAUGAAACGUUCAGCGGAUGCAACAUUUGACAUCGCAGAGUCAUCAUCAUCUUCUAUCACCCUUCCCUCACCUCAAGCUCAAUCACCUGCAUCGUCAUCAUGUUCUGAUUCUCAACCAGCAGGUCCCUCGCGCAAGCGUGCUCGUGGAGAUAUUACUCCUGAGGAGCGUAAGGAGGCUCGUGCCCACAGGAACCGCAUCGCAGCGCAGAACUCCCGCGAUAGGCGGAAGGCGCAGUUCGUAUUCCUCGAGCGACGGGUGGCUGAGCUCGAGGAGGAGAACAGGCAACUCAAAGCUGGCAUGGGUCUCACUGAGCUUCGUAACACCACGUCUGACAACAUAACCAACGAGCAGCGCGAGCGGGAGAAGGCGAAAGAGAAGGAGAACGAAGAGCUUAGAGAAAGAAUUAAAACUCUUGAGAACGGCUGGGACGCUGUGGUAAAGGCUUUAGCGGCCUCUGGUCUUCCCCUCCAAAUUCCUUCCCCUUCCGCCCCGAAUUCCCUCCAAUCCGAAUCGUCGUCUACACCUUCCCACCCGUCGAUUUCGUUUCCGGCAAUGGUUCAGCCAUCACCGGUAUUCCCCCUGACGCCCGCGUCCUCUACACCAACCUCUUCCCCGAACUCCGAAGUUGAGCUUGACGACUUCGAGACCACUUGCCACCUAGCACGGGUGGUGAGCACCGAUGCCCCUCUUUUAUCGUCGGUGCCCCGGCAGCGGGUGGUCUCGCAACGAAUCAGCUCCAACUCGAGUUCAUCUCCUCUUCCUCCUCUCAUCCCCUCCCGUCAUCAGCAACAUCGCCAGCAGCUCACCAUCUCCAAGGCGAGGCAGCCACUUCUUCAGCCGACGAGGCUCUCAUGGAAGACCUGUUCCGCGAGAUCCUUGCGCCAAGUCCCAGCGUCACGCCGUCAGCUCUGCCUGCUCCUACUGCCACAGGCAAAGUCACUUCCCCGUCGAUCUUCUCGGCCUCCACCAUGGCCUCAGCGUCGCCGCCGGUGACAACGACGAUGACGGGUAGUAUGGAGACUUGGGAUGGUGACGCAGAAAUGCAGAAACUUCUGGACAUGCUCCCGCUUGUUCAGCCGGAUUCCAAUGGGGAUAAUGUCGGCGGUGAAUUGAACACUUCUUCUGUCGACUUCCCCUCGUCUCUCGAUCUGGAGAUGUGUGGAUGGGAUAUGGGUCAGUACAUUCAACAGCCACCAUCAUCAAUACCCACGGUUGGCGCGUUUUAAAUACCCCAUUAUCUCCAUAUCUAUUCGCUCACAUCUUAGUUUCUUCAUUGGAUCAUAUCGCAUUUCUGUUGGUUUCCGUCACAGUAUCUCUUCAUCCCAAGGUUAUCUAUGUUGUCCCGUUUUUCUAUUUUUUUUUUUUCGGAGACACUAAUUUCGUCACAUUCCCGACACCUUAUCACUCGACUCCUACUUUCGUUUCGUUGGUACACUUAUUGUCUUCUUGUUUCUGACUUCGGGCUUGCAUUUGAUUGCUGUCUCCUGAUUGUUUGCUCAGGCUUUUUCUCCCCCUCGGGGUUGAUGAAUUGGUCUGGGUCGAUG